AUGGCUCAUUCUGCAGUUUUCCACAUCGACAAGGCUCCAUUAGAAGGCAGCCUGCCCUUCUUACUGUUCGCUCUCGCCAUCGCAUUCUCCCUCCUAAAAUCCAACUCUACAGCAACAACAGCAAUAAGCACCAAAGACGGCAUUCAAGGCGACAGCGAUUACAGUGAUGACAACGACGACAAGAUAAAGAAGAACCUAGAGGACAGUGUCGUCGGUGAGCACAGACAGCAUACGUUCAUGGAUCAGAUUCUUCUUCGCUUCUACCAAGUGGUGUCUGCAACAUACCUCCUCGAUCUGGCCGUCAUUGGAUAUCGUGUCAGUCAAGCCCAGCAUAUGGAUUCAUCCACACUGUCAUCAGCCUCCGCCAAACUUGCCGCAUGGAUCGCAUUCACCUUGAACUGGAUGUUCCUCGCCGCCGAUACCAAUAUGCUAAGGUCCCGUACAUCCCACUUGCUCCACCACCUCCUUGCAUGGACUGGCUUUGUCGGCGCCCUUGUUUCGGUGUCUCCUCACAUUGCCCACGGCUGCCAAUCUCUCCUCAGCGGUGACCUCUUCCAAUCCAACAUCGUGUUGAGCCGUCGAAUACUCCUUCCAUCGGUAACUGAGGAUAUCUGUGAGAGAGUCAUGAUCUGCAUAUUUGCUCUCAGACUUGGUCUCCUAUCAGCCAUUAGUACCCUCUCGGUGAUUCAGUUGUUCGGAGGGUUGGACAUCAACCCGCUGCCCCUGCCUACCCCUCUGUUGAAGGACCCAUCGACCAGGAAGGCGCAAAAAGCCAAGCUGGCAGCCGAGUCGGCCGACAAGAAGGAGCAGCUCGAGAAGCACGACACCGCCGAGCAGUAUCGAGCUGACGCCCUCAAGUCCGUCGUACCCAAGGUCCUGAUGUCCAUCCGUAUGAUGUACCCCGUCGGCAACAAGAAACUUCAGCUUCUCCUUCUGUUACGAUUUACCCUCAUGGUACUUGAGAGAGUCAUUCGUAUCCUGGUCCCUCUUCAAACUGAGCGCCUCCUCCGGGUCUUUUCUCCUGAUGGCAAGACCAAUGGUUCUGUCGCCCUGUCCAAGUUUGACGUCGGCUCGGUCCUGCUCUAUGUCUUUUACAGCUACCUGCAGCGGCACUCAAGCAUCCUGUCUCUCCUGCACAGUACCGCCCAGAAGCCUCUGGAUUCUUUUGUCUGCGACACGCUCCAAAUUCGGUUCUUCGAGCAUGUCCACUCUCUCUCGAUGCAGUUCCACCAGGACAAGCAGCCUCAUGAACUCAUUCACAUCAUGCAGGAUGGAGUUCAAUCCGUCACCCAAGUCUCCAGCAUCAUCCUCUUCAGUCUCUUCCCGACGGUAUGCGACGUAUCGGUGACUCUCCUCUACUUUUCCAUUGUCUGGGGAUGGAAGUAUGGCCUCUUGAUCAUCUCCAACUCAAUCUUCAUCACUAUCGCAAGCAAGCUGCAUGGACAAAUGAUGAGAAAGAUGCACCGGGAUAUGAUCCAGACUGGUGGCACAAGAAGGAGUCACCCAGAAGAAACGUUGAUGAACGCAGAGACGGUCAAGUACUUCACCAACGAGGCAUACGAAGUGGGGCGGUACGAAGAGAGCAUCGAAAGAAGGUCUCGGGCGUCGAAUGCUAACAUGAAUUUUAAGCAACGGUCUUUGUCCAUUAUCCAAACCCUCAUCUGGACGUGGAACCUCCUCGCAGGAUGCUUGCUGUGUGCCCACGAGAUUUCGAGUGGAAAGCGAGACCCUGCCAGUUUUAUGACCUUCGUCCUCUACUCACAGCAGCUCGAGGGACCUAUCCAGUCUUUGGCGUGGGUGACUGAUCACUUGCGGAGUACCCUUGCCAGCGUGGACGAGAUGAUGGCGGUCUUGAAGUUGGAACCCACUGUUAACGACGUCCCGGAUGCGCCACCAUUGGUCGUUUCAGGCGGAGAGAUCGAGUUUGAGAACGUCAGCUUCCAGUACAGCCCAGACAAGAGAGGUCUUUCCAACAUCUCGUUCAAGGUUCAGAAGGGUCAAACCGUUGGCAUUGUUGGGCCCACCGGAAGUGGAAAGUCGACGAUUCUGCGUCUCCUGAUCCGGUUUUGGGACCCAUCCUCUGGCAGGAUUCUGAUUGACGGACAGGACAUUUCCAAGGUGGCCCAGCUGAGUGUGCGAGAGAAUAUUGGAGCCGUGCCACAGGAUCCUGUUCUAUUUGGCGAUACUAUCGGAUACAACAUCAACUAUGGUCGUACAACAGCAUCCAAGGAAGAGCUUGAGGAAGCUGCCAAGGUCGCCCAAAUCCACGACACCAUCAUGAAGUUUGAGAAAGGUUACGAGACCACGGUCGGAAAUCGAGGAGCCAAGCUUUCUGGAGGAGAACGACAACGUAUUUCGAUUGCAAGGACAGUCCUCAAGAACCCGCCCAUUAUUGUCAUGGAUGAGGCUACCUCGGCGCUCGACAGCAUGACCGAGAGUGAUAUCCAACAGGCAUUGACCAAGUUAACAGAGAACCGGACGACCAUCGCUGUUGCACAUCGACUGAGCACGAUCAUGCAUGCCGAUCUGAUCCUCUACAUCAAGGAAGGGGAGAUUGUUGAAAGGGGCACGCAUGAGGAGCUGGUUCAGGCAGCGAUUGAUAACGGCGGACAGGGCGAGUACUACAAGAUGUGGAGGAUCCAGACGGGGAGGUUCUUUGGCGACAGCAACUCGACUGUUGGCGACAACGAGAUGGAGACAUGUGCAGAUGGUGUGGAAGUCAUGAGCAAGGAGGAUUAG